CCUUCGCAACAGGUUUAUUCUUCAUCCAAGCCCCAGCAACAUGUUGGACCCGUCUUCCAGCGAGGACGAAGGGGACGAGAUAUUGCAGGGCGAGCACAAAGAGGUGGCCGCCCCGAAGGGCUUCGGAGGAUCCCGAUUGUCACCGGGCCGAGCCGCCGACGGCCAUGCCAACGGAGAGCUGCAGCCACGGGUUCGCGGGAGAGGCCGUGGUCGACCCUCCAGCCCUAGCCCGUCAGUUGGCAGCGACAAGGAGAGUGAGGACCUGGAAAAGAUGCAAAGAGAGGAGGAGGAAAGGAAAAAGAGACUCCAGCUGUAUGUUUUUGUGAUGCGCUGCAUUGCAUAUCCAUUUAAUGCGAAACAACCGACUGAUAUGGCCAGGAGGCAGCAGAAGAUCAGUAAGCAGCAGCUACAGAUAGUCAAAGACCGUUUCCAGGCAUUUCUUAAUGGAGAAACUCAGAUUGUAGCUGAUGAGGCUUUCAUCAAUGCUGUGCAGAGCUACUAUGAGGUGUUCCUGAAAAGUGACCGUGUGUCCCGGAUGGUGCAGAGUGGUGGCUGCUCAGCUAGUGACUCUCGGGAGGUUUUUAAAAAGCACAUAGAGAAACGUGUGCGUAGCUUGCCCGAGAUCGAUGGCCUGAGCAAAGAAACAGUGCUGAGCUCCUGGAUAGCCAAGUUUGACACCAUCCAUCGAGGUGAAGAGGACCCCAGGAAGCACCAACAGAGAAUGACAGCCAGUGCCGCCUCCGAGCUCAUCCUCAGCAAGGACCAGCUGUAUGAGAUGUUCCAGCAGAUCCUGGGUAUCAAGAAGUUUGAGCACCAGCUCCUUUAUAAUGCCUGUCAGCUGGACAAUCCUGAUGAACAGGCAGCUCAGAUCAGAAGAGAACUGGAUGGACGACUGCAAAUGGCAGAUCAGAUUGCUCGACAUGGUGGCAGGUUCCCUCGGUUUGUCUCCAGAGAAAUGGAGGCCAUGUAUAUCGAAGAGCUCAGAUCCUCUGUCAACCUGCUGAUGGCGAACCUGGAGAGCAUGCCUGUUUCCAAAGGAGGAGAGUUCAAGUUGCAGAAGCUAAAACGAGGCCACAAUACCUCCAUCAUGGACAUGGGCCAGGAGGAUGAGAAUGCACUGUCAAAAUCAGACGUAGUGCUGUCCUUCACCCUGGAGGUGGUGAUAAUGGAGGUACAGGGUCUGAAGUCUUUGGCUUCAAACAGGAUUGUUUACUGCACCAUGGAGGUUGAGGGAGGACAUAAACUGCAAACAGAUCAAGCUGAGGCCUCAAAACCCAUUUGGGGCACCCAGGGUGACUUCACCACCACUCAGCCACUGCCUGCUGUGAAGGUGAAGCUAUUUACUGAGAGCACAGGAGUGCUGGCUCUGGAAGAUAAGGAGUUGGGGAGGGUUGUGCUCCACCCAACUCCCAACAGUCCUAAGCAGUCUGAAUUCCAUAAGAUGACAGUGUCUAAAGGCUGCCCAGACAGUGACCUCAAGAUCAAAUUGGCCAUUCGCAUGGACAAACCACAGAACAUGAAGCAUUGUGGGUACCUUUGGGCCUUCGGCAAAAACAUAUGGAAAAGAUGGAAGAAAAGAUUCUUUGUGCUGGUCCAGGUAAGUCAGUACACAUUUGCCAUGUGCAGCUACAGAGAGAAGAAGGCUGAGCCUGUAGAACUCCUUCAACUGGAUGGCUACACAGUGGAUUAUACUGACCCCCAGCCAGGUCUAGACGGUGGUCGGACAUUCUUUAAUGCUGUAAAAGAGGGUGACACCGUGAUUUUUGCCAGUGAUGAUGAGCAGGACCGUAUCCUAUGGGUGCAGGCCAUGUACCGGGCAACUGGUCAGUCUCACAAGCCUGUUCCACCCACCCAGGUCCAGAAACUCAACGCAAGGGGGGGCACAGCUCCACAGCUUGAUGCACCUAUAUCUCAGUUUUAUGCUGACCGAGCCCAGAAGCACGGCAUGGAUGAGUUUAUUUCAGCCAACCCCUGUAACUUUGACCAUGCCUCACUGUUUGAGCUUGUCCAGCGCCUUACUCUGGAUCACAGACUUAAUGACUCCUAUUCCUGUUUGGGCUGGUUCAGUCCUGGUCAGGUGUUUGUCUUGGAUGAGUACUGUGCUCGUUAUGGUGUUCGAGGUUGCCAUCGGCAUUUAUGUUACUUGAGUGAUCUGCUGGAGAGGGCAGAGAAUGGAGCCAUGAUUGAUCCCACACUGCUGCACUACAGCUUCGCCUUCUGUGCAUCCCACGUCCAUGGAAACAGAUCUGGAUUUUAUAUUCCUGAUGGAAACUUGGCUUCGACCGGGCCUGACGGUAUUGGCACAGUCACUUUUGAGGAGAAGGAGCGUUUUGAGGAAAUCAAGGAGAGGCUACGGGUGCUUCUGGAAAACCAGAUAACACACUUCCGGUAUUGUUUUCCGUUUGGAAGGCCAGAAGGAGCACUGAAGGCCACUCUGUCCUUGCUUGAAAGGGUUUUAAUGAAGGAUAUUGUCACCCCCGUCCCACAAGAGGAAGUCAAAGCUGUGAUCCGUAAGUGUCUGGAACAGGCAGCUCAAGUCAACUACCAGCGUCUGUCAGAGUAUGCCAAACUUGAAGAAAAUGUGGGGACAUUAGCCACCCCGGCCAAAAAGCUGGAGGACACUAUUCGUCUGGCUGAGCUGGUGAUCGAGGUGCUUCAACAGAACGAGGAACAUCAUGCUGAGGCCUUUGCAUGGUGGUCAGAUCUGAUGGUGGAGCAUGCUGAAACCUUCCUGUGUCUCUAUUCGGGUGACAUGGAUGCAGCUCUUGAAGUUCAACCACCUGACAGCUGGGACAGUUUCCCCCUCUUCCAGCUGCUCAAUGACUUCCUGAGGAUGGACUGUAACCUGUGCAAUGGGACGUUCCACAAACACUUGCAGGACCUGUAUGCCCCCCUGGUAGUCCGAUAUGUGGACCUGAUGGAGUCUUCCAUUGCUCAGUCUAUUCACAGAGGCUUUGAAAGAGAAUCAUGGGAACCUGUUAAUAAUGGCUCAGGGACAUCAGAAGAUCUCUUUUGGAAGCUGGAUGCUUUGCAGACGUUCAUCCGAGAUCUCCACUGGCCAGAAGAAGAGUUUGGCAAACACCUUGAGACCCGACUAAAGCUGAUGUCCAGUGACAUGAUAGAAUCCUGUGUGAAACGGACAAGGGUGGCCUUUGAGGCCAAGCUACAGAGGAGCAGCCGGACCACAGACUUCCGAGUGCCUCAGUCCAUCUGCACCAUGUUCAAUGUCAUGGUAGAUGCCAAGGUCCAGUCAGCGAAGCUGUGUGCCAUGGACCUAGGACAGGAGAGGCAAUAUCACUCCCAAAUCGACAAUCUAAUUGAGGAGACGGUGAAGGAGAUGAUAACUCUGCUCGUAGCCAAGUUUGUCGUCAUUCUAGAGAGUGUUUUAACCAAGCUUUCCAGAUAUGAUGAAGGAACACUCUUCUCUUCUUUCCUAUCUUUCACAGUGAAAGCUGCUUCGAAGUACGUGGAUGUACCUAAACCAGGGAUGGAUGUUGCUGACAGUUAUGUGACAUUUGUCCGUCAUUCCCAGGACAUGCUGCGGGAGAAGGUCAAUGAGGAGGUGUAUGUAGAGCGAAUAUUUGAUCAAUGGUACACCAGCACUAUGAACCUUAUAGAGGCAUGGCUGACUGACCGUAUGGACCUGCAGCUCCAUGUUUAUCAGUUGAAGAUUCUUAUUAGGAUUGUCAAGAAAAAGUACCGUGACUUCCGCCUUCAAGGGGUGCUGGACUCUACAUUAAACAGUAAGAUGUAUGAAACUGUGAGAAACCGACUAACCUUGGAAGAAGCCACUGCUUCAGUGAAAGAAGGAGGGAUGCAAGGCAUUUCCAUGAAGGACAGUGAUGAAGAGGAUAAUGAUAACUAGAUCAAAGGGCAUGAAAACUACAAAAAUUUCAGUUUUUCAAAGGUUGAGGUAUAUUGCCUGAGAGCCCACGCAGCCUUUCUAUGAAGUCAAAACAAAUUGGCCUGUUCCAUCUGUUGCUUGGUUUUAAUUUUUCAUUCUCCAAUAAUUUCACACUUGCAUCUGUAAACACUGUCAAGUGUGUAAAUAAUUUUAAAUACUCAAAGCUAAAUUUUCUGAACACCAAUUAAAAAAAGCUUUGUACCUUAAAUCCAUCAUACACUGAUUGAUUUUUUCCCGAAAUUUCCAAUCUCUUUUACACUUUAAAAAGUAUACAGUGAUCUAGGCCAUUAUACUUUGAUUCUAAGAGAAACAGUGAAAGUGAUACAUAUGCUGUGUUUUUUUUUUUUUUUUUUAA